CCCACAACCUGAAAACCUAGCUAUAUAUUCGAGACUUCAUCUCUUCCCAUCUUUUCAUUAGGGUUUUUGAGAAGCAGCUUCACCCAGAACUUUUAUUCAUCCCCCAUCCGAAAGCCAUGUCGAAGAGAAAGACCAGAGAGCCCAAGGAAGAUAAUGUCACCCUUGGACCUGCUACCAGAGAUGGUGAACUGGUUUUUGGAGUUGCUCACAUUUUUGCCUCAUUUAAUGACACCUUCAUUCAUGUCACAGAUUUGUCUGGGCGUGAGACCAUGGUCCGCAUUACUGGUGGAAUGAAGGUCAAAGCUGAUAGGGAUGAAUCGUCUCCAUAUGCAGCUAUGCUUGCAGCACAGGAUAUUUCUCAGAGAUGCAAGGAAUUGGGAAUCAAUGCUCUUCACAUUAAGCUUCGUGCUACUGGAGGCAACAAGACCAAGACGCCUGGUCCUGGAGCCCAGUCUGCACUGAGAGCCCUUGCACGUUCGGGCAUGAAGAUUGGUCGUAUAGAGGAUGUUACUCCCAUCCCAACUGACAGCACCAGGAGAAAGGGAGGCAGAAGGGGAAGGAGGCUGUGAUCUGUCCUCUGUUAUCAGGAGUAUGUUGCAAAUGUGGUUGGGAUGUUUUUUUUCAAGUUGAAAAUUUUGUUAUUCAGAUUUUGAACAAUUUUAGUUUAAACAUGAAAAAUCUUAUGUUUGAUCAUUAUGGAUUUAUUCUCUAGUUGGGUUA